UGCUCCUUCUCCAGAAAUACCUUUGUUGAAUCGGAAUAGUUUCCCACCUGGCUUCAUCUUUGGUACAGCAUCCUCGGCAUACCAGGUACACUAACAUGUUUAUUACCUCUUACAAGUUCAGUUUCAUAUGACUGUGUGCAUGCAGUAUGAAGGUGCAGCAAAUGAGGGUGGUAAAGGGUCAUGUAUUUGGGACACCUUCACUCAUAAAUAUCCAGAUAAGAUAAAUGACAGAGGCAAUGGAGAUGUUGCAGUUGAUUCAUAUCAUCGCUACAAGGAAGAUGUUGGGAUUAUGAAGCAUAUGAAUUUGGAUGCUUACAGAUUUUCCAUAUCUUGGUCAAGAAUUCUUCCAAGUGGACAAUUAAGUGGGGGUAUAAAUCAAGAAGGAAUUGACUAUUACAAUAAACUUAUCAAUGAACUGGUGGCAAAUGGUUUAGAACCAUUUGUGACGCUUUUCCAUUGGGAUCUUCCUCAAUUUUUAGAAGAUGAAUACGGUGGCUUCUUAAGUUCUCGUAUUGUUAAAGAUUUCCAAGACUAUGCAGAGCUUUGCUUCAAGGAAUUUGGGGAUAGAGUGAAAAAUUGGAUAACUUUGAAUGAGCCAUUAACUUAUAGUCAACAAGGUUAUGCAGUAGGAAUAAUGGCACCGGGACGAUGUUCUUCUUGGUUGAAUCCUAAUUGCAAUGGCGGCGAUUCUGGGAUAGAACCCUAUUUGGUCGCACAUCACCAACUUCUGGCUCAUGCAGCGGUCGUUAAUGUCUACAAGACCAAGUACGAGAGAAUUCAAAAUGGUUUGAUAGGCAUAACUUUGAAUUUUAUUUGGUGCGAGCCACUGUCGGAAGACAAACUUGAUCGAGAAGCUACUGAACGAGUUAUUGACUUCAUGUUUGGAUGGUUUAUGGAUCCACUAACAAGAGGAGAUUAUCCCAAAAACAUGCAUUUGUUGGUGAAAUCACGAUUACCAAAAUUUACAAAAGAGCAAUCCAAAUUGCUUAUUAAUUCGUUUGAUUUUAUUGGCAUAAACUACUAUACCGCUAGAUAUGUAUCUGAUGCACCAGAAUUAAGAAAUGUCAGAAGCAGCUAUAUGACAGAUGCCCUUGCAAAUUUUUCACAUAUGCGUGAAGGAAAAGCUAUUGGUCUAAAUGUUGCUUCAGAUUGGUUGUAUGUUUAUCCAAGAGGAUUUCGAGACCUCUUAUUCUACACUAAAGAGAAAUACAACAAUCCUUUAAUUUAUAUCACUGAAAAUGGUAUAAAUGAUUAUGAUGAUCCAUCACUCUCACUUGAAGAAUCUCUCUUAGAUAUUUACAGAGUUGAUUAUCAUUAUCGCCAUUUAUAUUAUCUUCAAGAAGCAAUUAAGAAUGGUGUAAAUGUAAAAGGGUAUUUUGUAUGGUCACUCUUGGACAAUUUUGAAUGGAACUUUGGUUACACGAUGCGAUUUGGAUUGAAUUUUGUAGAUUACAGAAAUGGUUUGAAAAGAUAUUCCAAACUUUCUGCUCUGUGGUUCAAGGAUUUUCUUAAUAUAGAAUUCAAACAUCAAAGUUCCUUGUAA